AUGGAUCUUCUACCGAAAGUAUGGCAUGAACAGGCCAGCAGCAUCGAAGAUGCGUUACUAGCUUCCGCGUCAAAAGAUUCUCCGUCUAGCAGCCCCCUUAAACCUCCGCAAUCCCCGGCUAAAACCCCGUCGAAAAAAUCUCUCGCCAAAAAGGCUCGCCGAAAAUCCGGAGAGGCGGAAAGCGCAGGAAAUGGCGCAUAUGUAUCUGCGGAACUUCCGCCGGUAGCUGGCGCGGAAACUGGCGCUGCCACUGGUACAGACGGGAGCUUGGCGGAAGGCGCAGGGGCGGGCGGAGGGGGUCAGGCGGAAGACCCACGCGGGGGGCUGUCGGAGGCGGAGUGGAUGGCGUUGGCGGAGAAGCUGCGGGGGGAAGGGGACGCGCUUUUGAAAGAGGCGGCGGAAGCGUAUGAGCGGCGCAAGGAGAGCAGCAGCGAUGCCAGGUGGCUGGCUGCCGUCCGUCGAUCUGGAACAGCCGCGGAUCGUGUGGCUGCGCUGACUGUGGUUAUACAGGACGACCCUGUAGCCAAUCUCACCAACCUGGACGCGUUACUGGCCAUGGUUGUCAACAAGGCGACCAAGCGCCACGCGCUGGGAGCCAUGGACGCGCUCAGCGAGCUCUUCACCGCCUCGCUGCUGCCCGACUCGCGCAAGCUGCGCUGGCUGCACCAGCAGCCGCUGCUGCUCCUGUCCCCGCUAAGAGCAUCCUCGCUACAAGCCGCUUCGCUACAAGCUGCCUCGCAGCAGUCAAAGGGCGAGGGAAAAGCAGGAGGGAAGGUGACUGUAGCGGGGGGAGAUGCGGGUAGAAGGCUGCUGCGGCUGUGGCGAUACGAGGAGUGUCUUAAGGAGCGGUUUGAGAGGUUUUUGGAGGGGUUGGAGGAGGGCGGAAAGGACGUGGUCGAGUUUGUGCGUGAUAAGGUGCUUCGCAUUCUGCAUGCCCUGCUGUCGUCCAAAGCGGAGGGGGAGAGAAGGGUGCUGCAGGCACUGGUGAACAAGCUGGGAGAUCCAAGCCGAAAAGUCGCCUCCAAAGCCAGUUACCUGCUGGGCUGUCUGCUAGACGCCCAUCCCAACAUGGCCCCUGUGGUGGUGAAACACGUGGAAGCCUUUGUGUUCCGCCCCAACAUCAGCACGCGCGCCCGGCACUACGCGGCCGUCUUUCUGAACCACAUCACCCUGUCUCACAAGGGCCUGGGUCCCAUGCUCGCCAGGCAGCUCAUUGACCUGUACUUUGCGCUGUUCAAAGUGGUGACGAUGGGUGCGGGAGGGGAUGGGGAUGGGGACGGGAAGGGGCGUUGGGAGGGGAGAGGAGGAGAAGGGAGGGGUGGAGGGCGGGGGAGAGGGAGGGGUGGAAGGAGAGGGGGAAGGGGAGGAGAGCGAGGAGGGAGGGGAGGGAGAGGAGGGAGGGGAGGGAGAGGAGGAGGGGGGAGAGGAGGGGGAAGGAAAGGGAAGGACCGGUUUGUGUCGGCAGCAGCAGCGCCGGGAGUGGGAGGGGUGGAAGGGCAUGAGUUGGAGGCGGAUAGCGCGUUAUUGUCGGCUCUCUUGACAGCAGCAGCAGCACUGGGAGUGGGAGGGGCGGAGGGGCACGAGUUGGAGGCGGAUAGCGCGUUGCUGUCAGCGCAUUUGACAGGUGAUCCAAACCCACACUCUGCUGCUGCGCUCUCCCUCUCAUCUCCCCCCCUCCUUCGCCCCCAUUCUGCUCCCUUUACCCAGGUGUCAACCUCGCGUUCCCGUGUCAACCGCGCGUUCCGCUACGUGGCAGAGGACGACGUGACAGAGGUGAUAGAGACGCACACGCCGCUGCUCUUCCGCAUGGUGCAUGCGGCCAGCUUCAACCUGGGCGUGCAGGCGCUUCUGCUGCUCCUUCUUGAGUCGACUCAACAACCUUGGCGUGUGAAUCGGGCCUUUCGUUAUGUCGCCGAAGACGACGUGACAGAGGUGAUCGAGACGCACACGCCCCUGCUCUUCCGCAUGGUGCAUGCGGCCAGCUUCAAUCUGGGAGUGCAGGCGCUGCUGCUGCUGUUCCAGCUGAUGGGCAAGAGCGCUGCUCUCAGCGCUCGCUACUACCGCGCGCUCUACUCCGUGCUCUUCUCACCCGCCCUCGCCAAGUCUUCUAAGGGUCCCAUGUUUAUGGCUUUGGUGUUCAAGUCAAUGAAAGCAGACGUCAACCUGCCUCGCAUAGCAGCGUUCGCCAAGCGGCUGCUGCAGGUGGCGCUGCAGCACCAGGCCACCUUUGCGUGUGGGGCGCUUCUUCUAAUUUCCCAAGUGCUCAAAAUACGACCCAUGCUCUGGAGUGCUAUCUUGGAGCCAGAAGCUAAUACAGAUGACGUGGAGCAUUUCGUGGAUGUGGAUAAGGAGGCAGUCAAUAACGAGGAUGGAUUUCUUGGUGGGAAGAAGGAGCGAGGGAAAGGAGGAGGCGAGGAGGGAGAUGAGGAAGAGGACAGAGAGGGGGAGGAGGGAGAGGGGAGACGGAGGAGGGAGGGAGAAUACGAUCCAAAGCAGAGGGAGCCGUCGCUGUGCCAUGCGGAUCGUGCUUGCUGGUGGGAGCUGGCAGCAUUGGCAGCGCACGUGCACCCCACAGUCUCUCGCCUCCCCGCUUGCCUGCUCUCGGUGGAACCCGCCUCCUUCACAGGCGACCCCAUUCAGGACCUCCCUUCCAUGCUCUCUCUCCCUUCCCACCUUUAUUCCCCACCUUCUCCGCUUUUUUUCCCCCCUUGUCCCCCCCAUGCGGAUCGCGCCUGCUGGUGGGAGCUGGCAGCAUUAGCAGCGCACGUGCACCCCACAGUCUCUCGCCUCGCCGCCUCUCUCCUCUCAGGGGAACCCGCCUCUUUCACAGGCGACCCCAUCCAAGACCUCUCCCUCUCCGCCUUCCUCGACCGCUUUGCUGAGAAGCAGCAGAUGAGGAUGAAAGCUGCGGGUAGGGAAAAUGCGGCUUCUGCUGCUGCGGUGGCAGCGGCAGGGGGGAGGAGAAGCGUGGGGUUUGUGAAGGAUGGGGGCAAGGGGCAGGUUCAGGCGCAUGACGCGUUUUUCCAUCAGUUUUAUGCGAUGCAAGGGGAGUUGGGUUCGAGAUGGAACAAGGGGGAGAAGAAAGGGGGAGAGGGUUGGGGGAAGAGAAGGGAGGAGGAGGAAGAGGAGGGAUUGGAUGUUGAUAUGAGGAUAGCAGAGGAUGGCGAUAUGAGGGAGGAUUUGGAGGAGGGGCAUGAGGGGGGGGAGGAAGAUGAGGAGGAGGAGGAGGAGGAUGAGGAAGAGGAGGAGGAUGAGGGAGGGGAAGGGGACGGGUUCAAGGGGGGAGGCUUCCUGGAAGUUUCUGAUGAUGAUGAGGCUGCUGACGAGGCGAUUAAGAACUGGAUGGAGGAGGAGGGAGGCGAUGGGGGGAGCGAUUUCAGUGAGGGAGAAGAGGAGGAAGAGGAGGAAGGGGAUGGGGGAUUUGAGUUUGAUUAUGAUGACAUGGAUGAUUUGCCUGGGGAGGAUGCAGUGGGGGAUGAGGAGGAAGAGGAGGAAUUGGAAGAGGAGGAGGAAGAGGAAGAGGAGGGUGAGGAUGAGGGCAAGGGGGAGGGGGCGGGAGAAGAGGGAAAGAGUAACGAGGAAGAACAGGAGGAGGUAGCAAUUAAGCCAAGCUCGAGUAAGGGAGGCAGCAGUGGGAAGGCAAAGGAGGAGUGUGCACCGGAGAAUGUGAAGAGGGGAGGGAGCAAGAGAGCAACAGAUAAUCCGAGUGAUAAGAGUGAGAACGUGGGGAAGCCUUCAAAGAAGCAGCGGAAAGGGGAAGCGGGGGUUGAUGCCGGCGGGGGGAAAUUCAAGAAAGAGGACAAGAAGAGCCGUGGUGGAAAGAUGAAAGGGGGUUUGUCUAGUAGCCCUUUUGCAGACUUUGAUUCGUAUGCCCAUUUGUUGGAUGAAUGA